AUGGAGUGCCUUGUAACCCACCUGAUGCCGGUGAGCAUUUUCACGCCGCCCUUCUUGAUUGCAGUGGUCCUGUCCAUGUCCAUUGACUAUGCCUUGUUUCUUUUGAGCAGAUUCCAGAAGGAGACAGCAGCAGGUGCAGCAGCAGCUGAAGCCAUGGCUAUCAGCCUUUCCACAUCUGGCCGUAUCGUCGCGCAAGCUGGUGUGAUCUUAGCGUGCUGCUUUGCCUGCUUACUGAUGACGCCAGUGCAACUGGUCAGUGCCAUGGGAGCAGGUGGGCUUGUGGCGGUGGCUGUGGCCAUGGCCGCCAACCUCACCUUGACCCCAGCUCUGAUUUUAGGAACGCGACCCACUUUCUGGAUUAGCAAGCCCAAUGCACCUUGUCGUCAAGCUCCAGAGGGAGAUGCUGAAGCACCAGGUGACGAAGAGUUGCAUGUUCCCAAUGUUUCCAUGGGCUUUUGGCGGAGGUUUGGGGAGCGGUUGGCAAGCUGUGCCAAGCCUCUUCUGUUCUUGAUUCUACUCUCUGCAGCCCCUUGCGUUUGGAAGGACUUGAUGCCUUCUUCAGACAUGUUGGGUUUCACACCAGCCCUCCCACAAGGCUCGUCCACAGCCAAAAUCUUCCACAGCAUUGGUGAAGAGUUUGGAUAUGAAGUUCUUUUCCCCACAACAAUUGGGCUGGUGGCUCCAGCUGAAGUGAACCUGGAAGAAUGGAGGCUCCAGGCUUGCAAGGCUUUACAGGAGAUUGGGGAAGAGGUGUACAGAAGUGACUUCACGAGUUCAACCUUCAUGAGUGAAGUCAUCAUUGAUGGCAAGUGCUUGGCAGUUGAUGUUGCUGGAAGUCUGCUGAAGUGGUGGCAAACCAAUGGACAGGAAGGUACCGUCGUCUACAUCGACUACCCAUUGAAUCCUUUGUCCAUCGAUGGACAACGAUGGACCAAGAGCUUGCAGAGAGCUGUGGAAGACCAUCAUCGGGGCAGAUGGUAUGUGCAUGGAUAUGGUCCACUCUUGUCCAGCCAAUCUGGUGAGAUUUUCCAUAUUUGGUUGUUGCAACGGUUUGCGCGGUCCUUCUCAUUUCCAUUUGCUUCACACGAUCUGUUUUAUGGAGCUUGCGGGCCCUCCUUUGCCUGUUCUGGAUGUUAG